AUGAAUCUUGAAUGGCGAAAUAUCGACAUAAGCGUACUAAAUCAUAACAAAAGAUACAAGCAAAAGAGGAUCAAGCUGGUGUCUGACGCCUGUGGACGUGCUGAGAAGGGAUUGCUAGCGAUCAUGGGGCCGAGCGGAAGCGGCAAGACAACGCUAAUAAAAGCACUGGCCGGGAGAUUAGCAAAGGGUUCAUCAUCAACGGGCAUAGUAACGCUAGACGGCGUCGAAAGAGACGUCGCAACGUGGGUCGAUAUCGUUGGAUACGUUGAUCAGGAUGACGCAAUCUAUGAGCAGCUGACAGCUCGUCAAACAGUUACAUAUGCCGCGAAAUUUAGAUUAAAGGACAGGCUCAUAAACAUAAGCGAAAAAGUGGAGAGUUUGUUCAAGAAGCUUGCCAUCACGCACGUUUUGGACUGCCAAAUGUGUAAUCUGUCGGGCGGUGAGCGAAAAAGGGUGAUGAUUGCUGUUGAGCUGGUGACAGACCCGAAAAUAAUAUUUCUUGACGAACCAACAAGCGGACUGGACAACAAUACAACAGUUAAAAUCAUUAAACUGCUCAAAGAGCUGUCUAAAGAAGGAAGAACGAUUCUGUUUACCAUACACCAGCCGGAUGACAUAACAGCUGCCGAGUUCGACGAAAUUCUGCUACUAUCACAGGGACGGUCGGUGUACAUGGGAAAGAUGGUCGAUUGCGAACAGCACCUGAUAUCGCAAGGAUUCGAAAAACAUCCGAGAGAGACAUUCUCUAAUUUUGCCAUGAAGGUACUGAACGUCGAGCCAGGCGUAUAUCAUGAGACAGAGGAGUCGGGCAAGCUCGAUAUGCUGGUAGAAGAGGUCAAACAGCGAUUCAACUUCUCGGCAGAUCAAAAAUCCGUUAAAAAAUCAAACGAUGGGUACGUCAACUUUACGCCCAGCCUCUACCACACCAUGGUGUUGUUCAGUCGAAGGUGCAAACUCGAUCUUUUUUCAAAAAAAAACAUAAUUUCGACUUUAAUAGUAGUUCUUAUGAUAGGAUCGAAUUUUGUUAUCAUGAAGUAUUUGAUAAAUGGCCUGCAAAAAAGAAAAAAUGACAUGAUAAAUGAACUGGGAAAUCGUUAUUCAGAAGAUAAGUACGCUAAGUUAGUUGAUUGUGCCAUAAAUAAUGGAGCAAUCACUAUUUCUUCGGGUUUAAUUUCAUUUCAAAUGUCAUUAAUUCCAAUAAUGACUGGCAUGGCGUUCAAUUCGGAGUACAAAAUGGUGAAAAGGGAAAUCGCGGUCAACACAUACUCCGUUGUAUCGUACUAUUUUUCUGUGCUGAUACUUGAAUAUCUUAGAUGUCUGCCGUUCUUUACCAUUUUUAUGGCGGGAUCCAAGAUAAUACUCGGAAGUGCGCUAUCCCUUACAAUGAUUCUCACCUAUUUUCUCAUGUUUUCUACCGUAAUUGUGGCGUAUCUCUUUUACGGCUCGGUGUUACAGGGCACGAAAAGAGUGAUUUUGAUUUACGGACUAUUUAUCGUGUUCAAUACCGACAGUUUGUGUCAUGCCGUAGCAUUUAUGAGAAAAAAAAAGAGCAUAAGCAAAAUGUUCAUAAUUACUUAUUUGCUUAAUCUGUGUCCAAAUUACGUGUUGGGUGCUUGUCCUGCAAUACACAGCCUCACAAAGCUGGUACGUGAUUAUUCGGACUUGUAUGACUUGAAUGGGAAAAAAAUAAUCGAUCGUUGGAUCAUUUCUAAUUGCGAGGAGCAUCUUAAAAUACUUAAAAGUCUACUCAUAAAUUAUGAGAUCCCGGUAAUAUGCAACUACUUGCUAUGCGUGUUAUUGAUAGCUCUGUAUAUGCUGUUGUGCAUAAUGAUGCUAUCGUUCCAUCUACGGGCCGGUUAUCGCAUAAAGCUCAACGAAAGAUAAAUGUUGUUUCUCUUCAAGGAUUUGUUCGUUUUAAUGACGGAGAUUUCACUUUUUAGACGUGUCAAGGCACGCGGUAGCAGGGUUUUGUUCCAAUGUGGUAUCAGUCACAUCUGCUCAUUACGACGUAUCACAGCUCAGGAGCGAUAGAUCUCCUUUUCCAUGUUGCAUACGACAAUGUCAAUUAAAGCGGUUGGGUGAGCCUGAUAGAUAGUCUGAUAAUGUGGCUGCGCCGUUUUUUGGGCCUUUUAUGAACUACAGGAGCACAGCCUUCCUGUGUUGUAUGAUGCAAAUGUGCGAUAUGAUAAGGGAGAGGUACCAACUUCUUAUGACAGGUGUUAGAUGGCACAUAGAGCGGAGAUGUCAUGCCUUGGAUACGUCGCAAAUCGGUCAGGAAUAAUGAUCAAAAGUAAAUAAAGGCGACCAAAGCCUUCUUGCAAUAUCGAUAAAAACACAGGGUUGCAAAAAAGACUUACCACGAAUGUUCACGUGGUAAGUCUUUUCGAACAUAGUCGAAGAAAUAGACAUAUACACGAA